GUAUGUGUGUACGUGUGAGAGCUAGUGUGUUGAGUCUCGUGAGUGCAGAGGAACUCUCAGUGAACAGUUAGCUUUCCUGGAAGGCAGCUCAGGGAAAAUGGAUGAAAUCUGAGGCUAUGUGCAGUGGCUGAUUUCUGAUAUGGCCAAGCGGGCCAGGCAGGCCCAUACUUCGCUGCUGCAGCGCUGUGUCCACCCCCAGGCCCUGCAGUCCACCCUGAUUGUCUGAUCCUCUCUUGGGCUUCCCACUCACUGGGCCUCCUGGCUUCACUUGUGGCCCACCAUGGGAGGAUGCCUCUCCAAACCCAAACCAGUUGAGGUCAAAGUUGAGCUCACUUUGCUGGAGAAGGAGAAGGAAGCAGACCUGAUGUCUCCGAAUGGAAAGGCCAGUCCUUUCUCUGAGUGCCGUCCCAACGGCUCUUUGGGACACUGCUCAGACGAAGACUCGACCACUAUGCGGCCUUCUCACAAACACAGAGACUACAUAGAAGCCACGGUGUGCCAUGUCAAAGACCUUGAGAACGGACAGAUGCGUGAGGUGGAUUUGGGGGCAGGCAGAGCUCUGCUCAUUAAGGAACAUGGAGAAUUCUCUGCCAUUGGGCACAAAUGUCCACACUAUGGGGCACCACUGGUUAAGGGAGUCCUAUCUAAAGGUCAUGUUCGAUGUCCGUGGCAUGGAGCCUGUUUUAAUAUUGCAACUGGAGACAUCGAAGAUUUUCCUGGACUGGACAGUCUUCCCACCUUUCAGGUCAGAGUUGAAAAGGACAAGGUGAUCAUACGGGCAAACAAGCAGGCUCUCCAGACACAGAGGAAGACAAAGGUCAUGGCAAAGUGCUCAGCUGUCAUCAACUCCAGUACAAGCUUUAGCCAUGUUCUCAUCAUUGGAUCAGGUCCUGCUGCUUUGGUGUGUGCUGAGACGUUAAGGCAGGAAGGCUUCACUGACCGCAUUGUGAUGUGCACCAUGGAAAAGCACCUUCCAUAUGACAGGCCUAAACUGAGUAAGUCUUUAGAAAGCACAGCUGAGCAACUUCAACUGCGAUCAGUGGAGUUCUUCCAGAGCCAUGAUAUAGAGCUCUUGCUGGAAAAAGAGGCUGUGUCUGUUGAUGUAAAGACGAAGACGGUGACGUUUCAGGACGGCUAUAAGAUGGAGUACAGGAAACUCCUCAUUGCAACGGGAAGCAAAUCCAAAAGCAUAAACUACAAAGGCAAAGACAUUAGCAACGUGUUUCACUUGAGAACUCCUGAGGAUGCUAACAGCAUAGCCAGACUGGCCAGCAGCAAGAAUGCUGUCAUUGUGGGUACCUCAUUUAUUGGCAUGGAGGUUGCAGCAGCUCUGACAGAUAAAGCUCACUCUGUCUCUGUGAUCGGAAUUGAGGCUGUUCCUUUCCGUAAAGCUCUGGGGGAGAAAGUAGGAAAAGCCCUGAUGAAGCUGUUUGAAAUGAACAGGGUGAAGUUCUACAUGCUGAAUGAAGUGUCGGAGAUGCGAGGGCAUCAUGGACAGCUAAAAGAAGUGGUUCUGAAAAGUGGCAAGGUCUUAAGAGCAGAUGUCUGUGUUAUUGGCAUAGGUUCAAGUCCCGCCACAGCGUUUCUCAAGCAGAGUGGAGUGCACAUGGACUCCAAGGGCUUCAUCACUGUCAACAAGAUGAUGCAGACGAAUGUGGAUGGAGUCUUUGCUGGUGGUGAUGUUGUAACUUUUCCACUGUCUUUACGAGGCAAUAAGAAGGUGAACAUCCCCCACUGGCAGAUGGCACACGUCCAUGGGAGGGUUGCUGCUCUUGGCAUGAUGGGGAAGACUUCAGAGGUUAGAACGGUGCCUUACUUCUGGACUGCUAUGUUUGGAAAAAGCAUACGCUAUGCAGGUUAUGGAGAUGGCUUUGAUGAUGUCGUCAUCCAGGGAGACCUGGAUGAGUUAAAAUUUGUGGCAUUCUACACAAAAAGUGAGGAGGUGAUAGCUGUGGCCAGUAUGAAUUAUGACCCCAUUGUGUCUCGGGUCGCAGAAGUCUUUGGUUCUGGAAAGACGAUUAAGAAGCGUGAUGUGGAGACAGGAGAUAUGUCGUGGUUGAUAGACAAAGGCUCACAAUGAGAAUGCUCAGGACUCUGAGCUGACUUUGAAGAAGUCUCUGAGGAGACUUUGAGCUGAAAGCUUUUCCUCUAAGGCCUUCUCAUUAAACCCAAUGGAACUCUUUAUAAGAAACAGCUAGACACUCUGAGUGUUGGAGUACCAGCUGGUGAACUGGGACAUUGCAUGGGGGACGAGUACCUGAAGACUGACCUGGAUGGGUUUAUCUGACCCUAAAACUAUGCUCACAUGGCAUGCACCUGCUUAAAGCACUCCAGGGAUCUUCCAACCAGGGCUCUGCGUGGAGCUGUAAAUACAUCUGCUCUCAGUGCUAGCUCGAGAAAUGAGCCAUAGAUGAUUUUUAAUGUUCUCCAACACUGGAGAUGCUGUAUGUCGGGAUGGUUGGCAUCUUUUUUUUUUUCUUCUCCAGUGAAAUGCUGAUGCAAUGUCAAGCUCUGGCCUUCUCUGCUUGUGCACGAAGCAUCUACCUGUACACAAUGUUUAUAAAGGGGCUGUUAAGGGGAAAUAUGGUUAAUUUUGUUUUGUACAUGCAACUUUGUAUAUAGCUGUUACCUGAAAUCCCAUUGUAAACCAUUACACAAUGGUUUUGUUUCUACUAAACCUGUGCACAGUUUAUAACACUACUGAUUAGUUUGGCUAUGCUAACUAUGGUGUUUAGGAAGAUCAAGCAUCUGACCUUUGUACAGACAUGCAGUUUCAGUGUUUUUAAGCCCCACAUUGACAUUGUCUUGUUUAGGAAUCAUCGUGAGAAAUCAUGUGGAAUCUGUAGACACACAAUCAAAUGAUAAUUGACAUAAUGUGAGGUCAUGUUAUGAUGUGAUGGACGCCAGGUUUCAAUCUACUGAACAUAUUUAUUUUAAAAACAUAUGCAGAUUUUAGAUGUCAGGACUUUUUCACAGACUGAUUGAAGCCUGGCCUGUCAACACAGCAGACUAGUAGAAAUCAUCAGUGAUAUUAAAUCUGUAGACACUCAGACCACAGUAUUAGUUUGAAUGCCCUUUUUCCGCAGUAAAGAAGCAUGUCUCCUGGCAUCAGGCCCUUAAUGCUGACUAACAGCUCUUUACAACGUAAAUACAACGUACCUCUUUCGGUAACCUUGGUUGCCUUGCUAGUUAAUUGCACAAAGUAAUAUAUAUUUAAAGCUAUACCUCUAUAUUAAUGCUAGUAAGAUAAAACUAUAGGCUUGAAUUUUCUUGAUAUCUUGAAAUGAUUGACUGAAUGGUUGAUUGACUGAUUGAUUGACUGAUGAUUCACUGUAUUUUUAGAUAGUAUGAAAUAAUUCAGAAUGCUGAUUUGGUUAGUUUUGACCUCCUGAAGCUCCUUUUUGUUACUAACUCAGGGAUAGGAGGUUCGCAUCCUGCUUAUAUGGGGGUUUGUCCUGGUAAAAAAAAAAAAUAAACUUGUUGCUUUUAUAUUCUACCAUGUCUUCACUGUGUUUAUUCAUUCUCUCAGUCGAUGUUUAACAUGCUCACAUACACAGAAGAAACAAUUACUUUAAAAUAAAAUCAUGCUAACUUGAUUAACACAAAGGCAUAACCGAAUAUUGUGUAACUGAGCCAACUUGAAGAAGACAGAAUAAUUUUAAAAUGAUCCACUAUUAACAGCAGGUACAAUACAAA